AUGGCCAUGACGAUAGCUCGUGUAUGUAUUUCUGUAGCUGCAGUAGGCUUAAUUGCUUCUGGUCUGGUGUUUUAUCGCCGAACGACUGGUGACAACGGGUCUCUUUUCUCUAUAAACGCACUAGACACUGAACCUAAAUCUGAAAAGCUUGUGCCACAACAAGCCUAUGCUAGCAUUCCAGAAUUGAGGUCUGAUUUAGAUGAAGAAUUAAUAGGGUAUGAAGAAGCAGUAUCGUCCUUACCCGCUCUAACUUCAAGUCUAAAUAAUUUCGAAGUUUUACAUAACACCAAUAUGACACUUGAACAAGAACGAGGUGAACCAAAUAAUAAUAAUAUCCCUCCGAACCACACGGUUGCAACGGAUGACGAUUGGGUAGCCAUAUCGAAUGUUAGUGGAGCUGGCCCAAGUAUGACGUAUACAUCUGAGCCGGUAAACGUGAAUGAUCCUGUAUCUUCUACAGCGUCUGAAUCUCAAACGCAGGAUCAUUCAGAUGAAACAAAUGCUAGUGCCCCCGCAAGGUUACGCCGUUGUGAUAAUACAAUCCUAACACCCCUGUUUAUGCUCGGUCGGGACGAAAAUAGUUCCCAAGAUGAUGAUGAUGACGACGACGAUUACGAUGAAACAUCAAGUUAUUCUCUUCUUUCUCAGUGGUCCGAUGACGAUAAUGGCGUUGUUGUGGAAGGACGCACCAUCAUCCACCAACUUCAAGAACCUCCAAUGGAUAGUGAAGAUGAUGAAGAUAUGGUCUUAACAAGGUCACAUAGUACUUAUGGUGGAGCGAUGACAGGAUCUGAUGCUUCUCUAAGCACCUUAGGGGGAACUCACGUAGGCGGAGGGGGGGCUACGGAAACUAGGAGUUUAGCUACAGUAUCACGUUUAUCGUUCUCCUCAGAUGAUGGUUCUGAUGUUGUACCAAACAUAAGGGACGGAAUAUCAGAGGUUGAGACAACGGAUACCCAGAGCAAUGUCGGCCAUCGCCAAAGUAGUACGGUGGAGGGCAUGAUGGAUAAUAACCUUUACUACUCGCUUAUAGAAGAUUGUCCUCCACCCUAUGAGGCUGUCGCAAGGAUGCCAGAAAAUCGGGGUAUAGCUGAUCUCAGUAUGACCUCUUUGGAAGGCCAGGUGCAAGCUCUUGUGUCCAACCUGUCUACACUUACCUCGGUUGCACGUUCGAUUCUGACUCUACACGCAGAACAAUUGGACGGCCGUCGCACAUUAAUGAAAAACACAUUACGUCGUGCAGCGGUGGUAUUAAGUGAUCUCGCAUCGGAACUUGAUGUAGCAUCUGCAUUUGCCGAUUUGGUUGGACUUCACGAUACCAUCAGCCCACAGGGAAAUGAAAAUACAGCAUCACAAAGCCACAUCGAACCUUGCAGGUGUCCUACCUGUACAAGUUUUGAGAAUAUGGCUGCACAGUUUUAA